CCGCGUCCACGUCAAAUCUGUCAGCAGAGCAGAGCUGAUAAUGGCUGCAGUUGAGGUGGCACUUUUAGGUCUUCAGACCGCUAAAAAACUCCCCCACUUAUGACUGAAACUUUCCGCAGACAACAGCGACUCCAGCAGAAACCGAAAUAUAAACGUAAUGGCUGCGUUAUUCUACUAUAAUGUCUCGUAACUCGCUUGUCCUCCCGGAUUCCUUCAGGGGACCGAGCAGCUGUUGUUAGCCGGGUUUAGUGCUUGCUAAGUGAGCGUCUGUCGGCAGUGAAGUCGCCGCGUUUCACAGCCAAACAAGUGGAUUUUAACACCGGCGUAAAUGUCAAGCAGAGUUUAUAGUUUAGCUUACGUGUACGCUCCGUCCUCGGCGUAUUUCAGCUCAAACCGUGGCUAGCUGUCCGACGUCCCGCGGACUGGUUUUGUUUUUGUUUGGUCCUCAGGAUGUCUUCCUGGCUGGGUGAGUUGGGCUCCGGCCUCGGCCAGUCUCUGGGACAGGUCGGGGGCAGCCUGUCGUCGUUCACCGGGCAGAUAUCAAACUUUACCAAAGACAUGCUACUCGAAGGAGUGGAAGAAGUCGGAGAUGCUGCCACAGAAUUACACGUGUCCAAUUCCAAGUUGGCUGAGGUGGAGGCUGCGUUUUCCACUCAAAAAUCAGAGCAUGAAAGGCUGAAAAAACGUCACGCAGAGCUAGAGGAGAAGCUGGAGGCCUCAGAGAUCCAGAUUAAACAACAGUCUGCAGAAUACAGAACCCUCCUGCAGCAGAAAGAUGUGGAGAUCAGCCACCUAAAAGCUCGACAAAGCGGCCUCCAGGAAGAAGUCCAGAAGCUGCAGCGGUCGGCGCAGUCGGCCGCCUCCUCUCCAGCGGUGCUGCCGGUGACCACCGCCUCCCUGACCGCCACCUCCUCCUCUCCUUCCAUCUUCCUGACGCGCUCCGCAGGGUCUCAUCACGGCUUCCAUAGCGACGAAAUGGACAUCAGCGACGUCCUUUGGUCGCAGCAGGAAAUCAACAAGCUGUCCACAGAAGUGAUGCGUCUAGAGGCGGAGGUGGCGCACUGGAGGAGAAUGUCGCAGGCAUCAACAACCCCAGGAACUGGUAAUGGUGACCAGGGGGAGAUUCUCAAACUACAAAGAACUAUUAAGGAGUUACGGGACGAAAUGAGUCGAGAGGUGGAUGAACACCAGCAUGAGCUGGCGGCUCUGCAGGACGCCCAGCGGCAAAAGCUGGCGGAGGUCACGCGCCGCCACAGAGAGGAGCUCGCAGAGUACGAGGAGAGGAUAGAGGAGCUGGAGGAGCAGAAUCGCAGUGGGGACGGUCAGGUCAGCUCUCCGUCGGAUUCCUCCAAACUGCCUGAGCUCCAGGGAAACGUCCAGACUCUGCAGGAAGCAGCGGAGCGGCGCGAGAAGCAGCUGGCCGAGCUGUCUGCCAGUCUGGAGGACGCGCGGAGGAACCAGGCCUCCCUGCAGCUGGAGAGGGACGACGCCCUGGAGGAGAACGCGGGGCUGCUGCAGAACUACUCGCGCCUGCAGGCCUCCGUGGCUGAACUGCAGACACGAGUCCAGGAGCAGGAGGGGAAGGCUCUGCAAAAAACCCAGUUUGAGCAUGAGAUUCAGACGCUUAGAAAUAACUUAGCAGCUGCAGAAAAAGAAAUAGAGAGACUCAAGGACUUUUCUGAGGCAGAGCCGAGAGAAGAGGUUGAGCAUGCAGACAUCUUGGAACUGAACACCAUUAUAGGGAUGUUGAGGCAAGAAAAGGAAGUCCUAGAACAAGAAAAGCUUGAGCUGCAACACAGACUGACGGUAGCAGGGGAGCAGACGGUUUGCAAAAAUGCGUCGCUGAUGGAGUCUGGUGAGGCGGAGUCCCUGGAGGAUCUGAAGGCGGAGCUUGAGAGGAGAGAGAAGGUCCUGAGAGCCACCGAGGAGGAGCGGGACACCCUCAUGUCGGAGCUGGAGGAGUUGGACCGGCAGAACCAGGAAGCAACACAGCAUUUGAUCACCGCAAAGGAGCAGCUCUCUGGCCAGUUGAAGGAAGCUGAGGCGGAGCUGAUCAGAACGACCGCAGAGCUCAGCGCCUCCAAGGACCAGAAAGGAGCGCUGGAACGAGAGCUGGAGACCCAGAAAGAGAAAACGAGCCAAAGCGCGUUCACCCUCAAUGACCUCCACAUGGCCAAACAGCAGCUGGAACAGAGGGUGAAGGAACUGAAAGACGCGUUGGGACGUGCGAACGAGCAGAGUCGGGAAGUGAGGCGAGAAGCGGCUGAGCUGAAGAAGACCCUGCAGAAGCGGGAGGAGCAGCUAGCCGCUGCUAAAGCAGAGACGGCUCAUGGAGGAGAGAGUCGGACGGAGGAGGAGCUGGCGGGGAAGGAGAGGGAGCUGUCGGACCUCAGGAGAGAAAUGGACCAAAUGAGGAGCGCCUACGAAAAGGGGAUGUCUGAAGAGUAUGAGGUAAAGAUGGCGAACCGGAGGUUGAAGGACGAGCAUGAGAAUGCUUUGAGGAAGUUAGAGGAGCUAGGCAAGCAGCUGAAAGAAAACCAGGCCGCUCUAAACAGGACAACAAGGGAGAAAGACACUCGUAUCGAAGCGCUCAAGCUGGAGAAGAACCAACUCGAACUGGAGCUGUCGCAGGCUGAGAGAUCGCUGUCAGAGCAGGUGAAACAGUACCAGCAGACCAUCGAGGAGCUGACCCGAGCCAGAUCCAUGGACGCCUCGGCUUUGCAAACCGAGCACGAGUCGGCCAUCAAGCUUAACCAGGAGAAAGACCUGGAGAUCGCCAAACUGAGGCGAGACGUGGAGCAGCUGGCGUCGGACCACAGAGACACCAACGAGAUGCUCUCGAUCACCGUCGCGGGGCAGAAGCAGCUGACGGACUUGCUGCAAGAGAAGGAUGUCUUUGUGGAAACUUUGAAACAGAACGCGGAGGAUAUACAGAGAGAGAUGGAGAACAGGGUGUCAGCCAUGACCAAAGAGGUAGACGUCCUCAAACAAGCGGUGGACGAAAAGGAUAAGCAGCUGGGAGGGAUGAAGGAGGAGAGCAGCCAUCUGAAAGAGGAGAUCGAUCGGCUGAGGGAUCAGCAGAGCAGACCACAACCACUGGCCGAACCCAAGACUCUGGACAUCAUCACCGAGCUGGAGACAGAGAUCGCCCAGCUGAAGUCGUCCAGGAACGCGCUGGAAGACGAAGUCCGGUCGCUGAAGAGAACCUCGGAGGAGCAGCAGGCGUCUCUGCAGGCUCAGCGGAGCGAGCUGGAACAGGCCGCGGUUCGCCACCAGCAGACGGCGCUCGACUACGACAGACUCAUUCAAGCCAAAGACGAAGAGAUAACCCGCCUCCAGCAGAGCGUGGACCAGGGUCACCUCCCGGCGUUCCAGGGAGACGUCAUCCUCCAGGAGGACAAGACGUGGUCUCUCAAUCAGGACAACGGCAACGAGAAGCACGACCUGUCCAAGGCCGAGAUAGAGAAAUUGGUCCGCGGCAUCGAGGAGAAAGAGACCGAGAUCGUCCAGCUGAACGAGAAAAACCUCUUGCUCACCAGGCAGCUGGAACAGCUGGCGUUCUCUCGCGACGAAGUGGGCAAACUCUCCCAAAUGAUCCGGCAGAAAGAUCUGGAGAUCCAAGCGCUCCAUGCCCGGGUCUCGUCGGGUCAGGACGUCCUCUACCUCCAGCAGCAGCUGCAGGCGUUCGCCGUGGAGCGCGAGCAGAUGUUGGCCGUGCUCAACGACAAGACGAGGGAGAACGGGCAGCUGCGCUCUGACUACCACCGCCUGGUGGACGUCGUGGCCGCUAAGGAAGCCGCCCUGGUGAGGCUGCAGCAGGAGAACCAGCGGCUCUCCAACGUGAGCGACCCCUCGGGGAGCCAGGAGAUGUUCAAGGAGACCAUCCAAAACCUGUCCCGCAUCAUCAGAGAGAAGGACAUCGAGAUCGACGCUUUGACUCAGAAGUGCCAGACCUUGGUGACCGUCUUGCAGUCGAUGGGAGGCGAGGCCGGCGCUGCGUCCGGCGGCGUCAGCAGCAACCAGUUCGAGGAGCUUCUUCAGGAGAGGGACACGCUGAAGCAGCAGGUGAAGAAGAUGGAGGAGUGGAAGCAGCAGGUGAUCACCACGGUCAAGAACAUGCAGCACGAGUCGGCGCAGCUACACGAGGAGCUGAUCAAGCUGCAGGGCCAGGUGUCUGCCGACAGCGACUGCAGCUCCAAGCUGUCCGUCGACUACGCCCGACUGAUCCAGAGCUACGAGCAGAAGGAGAGGAGGCUGGGAGGUUUGAGUUUGGAGCUGGCGCAAGUCCAGCAGACCAUCAGUCAGCUCAGCAGCACCAAGGAUGUGCUGCUGGGGAAACUGGAUAGCGUUGCGCAGACUCCCGAGGCCGCAGCACCGACCGCCCAAAUGAGAGCUCUCAAUCUUACAGCUGAGCCCCAAACUCAACAGACCACCGAAGUUCUGCAAGCGCAGCUGGCUGAGAAAGAAAACCUAAUCAGGACCCUUCAGGAGAACAACCACCGGCUCUCCGACGCAGCGUCCGCCUCAGAGAGCGAGCAGAGGAGUCAGGCUGAGGAUGUCCGCCAGGUCCGGGACAGACUGGAGUCCCUGCAGAGGUCAGUGAGGGAGAAAGACCUGCUCAUAAAGACCAAAGGAGACCAGCUGAGCCAAGUGAGCGAGGCGCUGCGCAACCGCGAGAACGACAACGAGGUUUUGAAGCAGGCCGUGACCAACCUGAAGGAGCGGGCGCUCAUCUUGGAGUUGGACGCAAGGAAGCUGAAGGAGGAGAACGAGCAGGUGGCGGCUCGCUCUCGGGAGAAGGAGUCGGAGUUCAGGGCUCUGCAGGAAACAAACAUGCAGGUUUCGCUUCUGCUCAGAGAGAAGGAGUUUGAGCUGAGCUCGAUAAGCGAGAAGGCCGCCACGGUGGAGCGGAUGCUCAAAGACAAAGAGCUGGGUAAAUCCGGUGAACUGAAUCAGCUUCUGAACGAACUGAAGUCCAUGCAGGAGAAAGCGGUGAUGUUCCAGCAGGAGAGGGACCAGAUGAUGAUGGCGCUGAAGCAGAAGCAAAUGGAGACCACAGCGCUACAGUCUGAGCUGCAGCACACGAGGGAUAAAGAGCAGCGGCUCAACCUGGAGCUGGAGAGGCUGCGCAGCCACCUGCUGGAGAUCGAAGACUCCUACACCAGGGAAGCCCUCGCUGCGGAGGACCGGGAGACGGAGCUGCGCAGGCGGGUGGCGCUGCUGGAUGACAAACUGGCCACGUCGUCGAAUGCCGUGGAAAACGCCAGCCAACAGGCCAGCAUGCAGGUGGAGUCUCUCCAGGAACAGCUGAGCAAUGUGGUGAAGCAGAGGGACGACGCACUUUUACAACUCAGAACCUCUCAGGAACAAGUCAGGCAGUAUGCAGUGUCGCUCUCAAACCUGCAGAUGGUGCUAGAGCAAUUCCAGCAAGAGGAGAAAGCCAUGUACUCGGCAGAGCUGGAGAAGCACAAAAAGGAGAAGGACGAGUGGAAGAGAAAAGCUCUCCUGCUUGAAGACCAAGCAUCUGCGCUGCAGCUGAACUUGGACGAAGCCAACGCUGCUCUAGAUUCGGCGUCUCGCCUCACAGAUCAGAUCGAUCAGAAAGAGGAGCAAAUCGAAGAGCUAAAGAAGCAAGUGAAUGUGAGGCAGGAGAUGCUGGAGGAGGCACAAAAGAAACUCAUGAACCUUCUCAACAGCACAGAAGGAAAGAUCGACAAGGUUCUGAUGCGCAACCUGUUUUUGGGCUACUUUCACACGCCUAAAACGAAGCGGGCCGAUGUGCUGAGGCUCAUGGGAAGCGUGUUGGGACUGAGCAGAGAACAAGUCGAUCAGAUGUUGGAGGACGAUGCCCGCCACGGUGUUGGCGGGUGGGUAUCGAGCUGGCUCGGAGGCAGAGGAGCUCAGAGUGUGCCGAAUACGCCACAGAGGCCCACCAGUGGCCCGGGGCUGAACUCGUCUUUCUCCGAGAUGUUUGUGAAGUUCUUGGAGAUGGAGUCGACCCCGUCGCUCCCGGCGCCGAGGCUCCCGGUCCACGACAUCAGGCCUCUGAGCGCACCGCCUCCUGGGAGAACCGGUGGCUCUUCUUCAGGCUCCGCGGGAGCUGCGGCUGGCAUCAGGAGACCCGGUGAAUCCAAUCCGUUCCUGGCUCCUCGUUCUGCUGCGGUGCCGCUGGUGGCCGGUCCUGGCCCCGCCGGCUCGGGAGGUCACCUGCUGAUGAAGCCCAUCACUGACGCUCUGCCCACCUUCACCCCUGUGCCUGUCUCAGCCGAGGCCAGCGCUGGAGCCGUGCUCAAAGACUUGCUAAAGCAGUGACCGGGGCGGCCCCCCGGCUACAAAUGCCACACAGAUGUCUUAAUUUAUCCAAUAUGAGUUCGGCACUAAAAAACUUGACGUUAUUGAAGCGCCUCUGCUCCCUCUUGCUGCUGUUUUCUUACAUUGAGCAGCAAUAAAACGCCGAAGUUUAACAUAAAGUCUGGGAAAACUUGGAAACUAAAGCAGGAAUAUUUUUUUCUUCCCUCUAUGCAAAAGACAAUUUAGACUCAACAUUAUUUUCAGGUUCAGACCCACAAAUUUGCAUCUCACGCCAAAAGGAAUGAAUGAAAUUACGUUUCACGUGUGAAACAGAGUAAAUCCCAGCAGUUCUGAGCAAAAGUGACCUUAGAAACUCAGUGUAGGAGUACAAAGCGUGAGGCUGAGGCUCUGUUUGCAAGAGGAAACAUGCCCGCCGGGUUUCACCCCCUCCAUUUGCAUUUAACUGCUUGUAUUUUCUUGUCCUGUUAGUAUUACUUCAACAAUUCAGCAAGUUUUCCUCUGAUCGUGGACGAAAACUAAAAUCUCUGGCAGCAGCACACUACAUGGAGAUUUAUGCGAGUCAGUACAUCUGCUGAAACCAUAAGGAUUUUUUAUUUAUUUUUUUUCCCUGGUUGAAAGGCUUAGUGUUUUCCAGACAGCCAGACUGUGAUAUGCAAUAGGCAUAAUUAUGGCUGCUGACUGUGGUUUAUCAGAGGGUUUAGACUGCUCUUUAUGUUCACAUACAGCACUAUUAUACAGUUACAUAUAUGUAAAUGGGUAAUGUAGGUUUCUUUAUUUUAUUUUCUUUAGUUGUAGGCACAGAGGAUGCUUUAGAAGUCAAGUGCCUGCAUUUUUUGAAAAUUUGAUAGUUGUAUAAUCAGAAGUGUAAAUGGUUAAUAUAAAUAUAUAUUUACAAACUAAAACAAAAAGAAGGGGGGAAAAAGAGCCCGCACAUUUUUGAAGUUUUGUGUAAUCGGAUCAGCGUGCGACUGCGCCGCUCCACAUUUUUGUACAGGCAUCAAUCAGCCACUGCAGAAGACAUGUUACAGGAGGAGUCCAGGUGUGUUGAUGAAAUGUAAAAACUGUAAAUCCUGACUUGAAAGAAUUUUUUAAUCUUUUUUUCUUGGAUGUAAAAAAAAAUCUGAAACUGAGAGAAGAUGAUUCAGAUGACCUUGGAUUGUCUUGGGCUAAGAUCGGUACCCGUGACUUAAUUAGGAUCUGGCGUUAAAUAAAGGAGCCACUGGUGACCCGGC